AAACGACAUUUCCUGUGCAUCUCGGAAAUGGAUUUCGUUCUGUUAUUGUUAGCAUUGAUGUAGCUAGAUCAUUUCGAAUAGAAGAGAGAAUAUUCUAAUUGCAAGUGUGCUUUUCGGAGUUCAAUAUACCUGACUACACUUCAACUGGCUGACAAACCAGCCUGAGACCAGAUUGACACCUCAGAUACGUUGUCUGGGUGACACCUGGCGAAUGUAGCAACGUUCCAAUUUAAAACCUCUGAACUGUGACCAAGAUCAUGGAAAAGGAUAUUCAGACAGGUUCCGCAAUUGCGUCUGUGGUUGGGGCAACAAUGGGAGCAUCUGGGACACAGAGCCGUUCAGAGGACGAGGAGUCGACUGGAAUGAAAGACAUAAAAAGAACAGCAGCACAGGCUUUUGUUGGGGGUGGCGGUGUUGUGCCCAAACGCAGGAGCUCUUCAAGGUCAAUAAAGAGGAAGAAGUUUGAUGACGAGCUGGUAGAGAGCAGCCUGGCCAAGUCAUCCAGCAGGGUUAAGGGCCCACCUGUCAUUGAGCCAAUCCGCUGCUCUGGGAGUGAACCCUCAUCCAAUGAGAAGAAGAAGAUGUCCAAGUCCAGCACCACCCUUACUCCGCCCCUCACCAUGGUAAUCACCCCCCCGCCCAUUGCCAAGAGGGUGAAGAAGAGCAAGCAGCCCCUUCAGAUAACCAAGGACCUUGGUCGCUGGAAACCCACAGAUGACCUGCUGCUCAUCAAUGCUGUGCUACAGACAACAGAUUUGACCUCUGUUCAUCUGGGGGUGAAGUUCAGCUGUCGUUUCACCCUGCGGGAGAUCCAGGAGCGCUGGUAUGCUCUGCUGUAUGACCCUGUCAUCUCAAAGUUGGCAUGGCAGGCGAUGCGACAGCUUCAUCCUGAAGCCAUCGCUGCGAUCCAGAGCAAAGCGCUCUUCAGUCAGGCUGAGGAGGCUCUUUUGGCCAAGAUUGCAUCAAGCAGUCAGCCCAAGUUGGAGGUGUUCCAGGAGUUGCUAAGUAAGAACCCCAGUGUGUUCUACCCCUCUCGGACUCCCAAGAGCCUGUUGGUGCACUGGCAGCUUCUCAAACAGUACUACCUGCUGGAGGAUCAAAGUGUCCAACCUCUCCCUAAAGGCGACCAAGUCCUCAACUUCUCUGAUGCUGAGCAGCUGGUGGAUGAUGCUAAGCUAAAGGAGAACAGGGAUGAGGUUUUGGAGCAUGAGCUGAUGAUCUCUGACCGCCAUCAGAAAAAGGAGAUAAGACAGCUGGAACAAGAGCUGCCCCGCUGGCAGGUCCUAGUGGACAGCAUUACAGGGAUGAACUCUCCAGACUUUGACAAUCAGACACUGGCAGCACUAAGGGGCAGAAUGGUACGCUACCUUAUGAGGUCACGAGAGAUCACGCUGGGCAGAGCCACCAAGGACAAGCAGAUAGAUGUGGAUUUGUCUCUGGAAGGACCUGCCUGGAAGAUCUCCAGAAAACAAGGGAUCAUUAAACUGAAGAACAACGGGGACUUCUUCAUAGCCAACGAAGGACGCAGGCCAAUUUACAUAGACGGCAGACCUGUCCUGUCAGGAAACAAGUGGAAACUCAACAACAACUCUGUGGUGGAGAUUGCAGGUCUUCGUUUUGUGUUCCUGAUCAACCAGGAGCUGAUCUCCCUAAUCAAGGCAGAAGCAGCUAAAAUGAAUCAGCAGUGAGUGAGAGAGAUUGCGCCAUGCUGCCCCAGUGAAUCGGAGUGUUGAAAUGGAAGCAGAGGUUACGUGCCUGUGUUUACUGCCCUGCCGGCUCAGCCAUGCAGAGAAAUGACCGGACGUCUCCAAUGGACACCACACCAUCAGGAGCCUGGUAGACUAGGACUACGUGAAGAAGCACAGAAUUUAGAAAGGAGCCCCUUUGGUCAUGGUCUUACACUGGAGGAAGAGUAAGAUAGCGGUGUGCACUGAGAAUGGUUGCUUGGCUUACCUUUUGUUGCAGAACAUUUUAGGGUGAAUCCCAUUUCAAUGAUUCUUACCUUGUAACUACAGUACCAUGACAAAAGUGUUACUUGUUUUAAAGUUUAAAUUGGGAUUCAUGUCAGGAGGUUCCACCGUGCCUAUAAGACAAUUGGUUAAAACUGUGUUUCCUUCACUCUCCUUAUAGAGAUUUGUUCAGGUUGAACUGGUACAGGUUGAACUGGUACACGCCCAACUGCAUUUAGGACCAGGAUAGGGAAUCAAUUAUAUGUCACAAGUGAUAUUGUGUGUAUCUGUAUCACUGCUACAUGCUGAAGCCAUGUACAAGUAAAUGUGAGUUGUUUUCUAUCAUUAUUUUUUAAGGAAGCUUGGAUUAAAAAGUGUCUAAUGAUA